GGUAACUUCCUUUUUCUUUAGCUCCGUCGCUCAUCUCGUUCUGCGAAAGUAUCGACAAUCUAGCCCAGGGGUCAGUGUCUCCUCUCUCUAACAUUUGGGAUGCUGUUCUUCCUGUGACAGAAAAUACCGUUCCAGGGUUGUUUAAUUAAAGCAAAUACUGAUCCCAUAUUAAUUCACCUUCACUGCUUAGCUACGAAACGGCCCAAAUGAACGGAGCAGCAUUCCCCUCUCCAACUGCAGAAAUGGCAGAAAUCAAUCGCAUCCAAUAUGAGAUUGACUACACGGCAGGCAUUAGCCAGAGCAUGAGGAUCCCAGAGAAACUCAAAAUAGCUUCAUCGGGUGGUGAGGCACGCCAGGGCGGUUCAGGGGAUGCACAUUUUCCCAACGCCAUGAUGCAAGUUCCUGAGAGGAUUGUAGUGUCAGGUGACCAUGAAGAUGGCCAGUAUUCUAGACCAAGAGAUCUUGACCUGAUUCAGUCUACUCCUUUAGAAUCGCUGGCAUUGAAAACACCGCCUCGUGUUCUCACUCUCACUGAGAGACCUCUGGAUUUUCUGGAUUUGGAGCGAUCCAUGACUCAGACCCCUCAGAAUGAAGAGGCAUGUAUUGAGGAGGUGCGAACUCAGGGUAACGUGAAGAAGGAACGCUGUAUGAGUGAAAACGCUGUUCGUCAGAAUGGCCAGAUGGUCCGAAAUGACUCCAUUGUGGCACCGUCUACCUUGAUUCAGCCUCGUCUCUAUCCUCCUCUUACUUCGGUGGAUGAUGGACGAAACCUUUACUCCGCUCGUGGUGUUUUGUCUCUAAUCCAGUCCACAACCCGUAGGGCUUACCAACAGGUCAUGGAAGUGCUGGAUGAAAACCACAGAAGUGGACCAGUGUUGCGUGGAGGGUCAGCUUCUGCCACUUCCUCUAACCCUCUGCAUGACUCCAGAAGUGGCCUUUCAACUUUAGAUUCAACAUUGGAAGGGACUUCGGAUGAUUUGCCAGUUGUGGAUGCUACUUCCUUACGAAGACAGAUAAUUAAACUAAAUCGUCGUCUUCAGCUUCUAGAAGAAGACAACAAAGAACGUGGCAAAAGAGAAAUGGUCAUGUACUCCAUCACCGUGGCUUUUUGGCUAAUCAAUAGCUGGAUGUGGUUCAGACGCUAGGAGUCUGUACUACCAAAAAUAAGCAACUUCUUUUAAAAGGCAUUUAUUUGUUCUGAAGUGUGAAAGACCUGCCAAAUUGCUUUUCUUUCUGCACUUGGUCCAAGCACUGGAAAAACUCCAAAAAGUACAAAUAGGAAUUGUCAGGACAAAGGGACAUUCAAACUAUUUAGUGUUGUAUGUAUGCAAAUUUUAUUAUUAUUAUUAUUAUUAUUAUUAUUAUUAUUAUUAUUAUUAUUAUUAUUAUUAUUAUUGUUGGUGUAUAUAUUCCUAAAUCUAUUUGCAGAUUCUUUUUAGUGGUAUAUAAAGUGUCUCCACAAUGUCAACUUGUAAAAUACAACACAAAAAUAAGAAAGUAAUCAAUUCACAAAGACACUGCACUAUAUGAAAAUGUACAAAGAGCUUGUAGUGUGUGUGAAGAAAUAUGUAAUGUUUGGAACUCUUGUGGUUUGUGCUACUAUUAUUGUAGGGGAUGUUUCCCAUGGAUGUGGACCCAUUUCUUCCCCUCUCCACUAACUUUAUUGUUGCACUUUUUAUAUAUAUAUAUAUAUAUAUAUAUAUAUAUAUAUAUAUAUAUAUGAUUGCAUUUUAUGGUUAAAAAUAAAGCAUUGUAUAUUAGGUCACUGUUUUACAUUUCUCCACAUUGAAGUAAAUAGUUGAACCCUUGUGUAGUAGUACCAAUAUAAAACCACAGGUAAUUGUGAUGCAUGAAAUAUCGAUACCUUUAGACUUGCCCUAUGUACUUCUUAUUUUCCAUGUAGAUUUUUUUUUUUUUUUAAACUAAGAAUUUCUUUCACUUUUGCACCCUUGUGUGUUAUUACAUGGGAGUACAGCAUAAACAUAUUUUUCUUUCAAUAAAUGGUACCCGUAGCUCAAUAA